CCAGUGAUGGAGCGUUACGAGUCCCUCGGUCUGGUCGGUCAGGGCAGUUAUGGCACCGUGCUCAAGUGUCGUCACCGAGACUCGGGCCAACUCGUGGCCAUCAAGAAGUUCAUGGACUCGGACGAUGACAAGACCGUCAAGAAGAUCGCGCUGAGGGAGAUCAAGCUGCUCAGGCAACUGCGUCACGGUAACCUGGUCAACCUCCUGGAAGUAUGGAAGCGCCGCCGCCGCUGGUAUCUGGUGUUUGAGUUUGUGGAGCGGACACUGCUGGACGUUUUGGAUCAGAGAGAGAGUGGACUGGACCUCAGCACCAGCCGACGGUUCCUUUACCAGAUUCUGAGUGCCGCCGCCUUCUGCCACCAGCAGAAUAUAAUCCACCGAGACAUUAAACCAGAGAAUGUCCUAAUCUCUCACGGGGGCGUAGUCAAGCUGUGCGAUUUCGGCUUUGCGCGCACCUUGGCGUCCCCUGCUGAGAGUGAUGUCUACACGGACUACGUAGCUACUCGCUGGUACAGAGCCCCUGAACUGCUGGUGGGAGACAUCAAAUAUGGAAAACCAGUAGACGUGUGGGCCAUAGGUUGUCUGGUGUUGGAGAUGCUAACAGGUCAGCCGCUGUUUCCCGGAGAUUCUGACCUCGACCAAAUCCACCACAUUGUCAGGUGCUUUGGAAACCUGACUGCUCAUCACCAAGCGCUGUUCUACAGGAAUCCAGUCUUUUCUGGAGUCAAACUACCAGAAUGCUGUGGCCAAGUCCAACUGCAUCAGCGAUUUCCUUCAAUCUCACCCGUCACCAUGGACUUGGCACAGAGUUGUCUUCAGGUGGAUCCAGAAAGACGAGCUCAUUGUUCCGAUUUGUUGGAACAUCCUCUGUUCACAGAGGACUCCUUCCAAAUCAGGUUUUUGAAUGAGCUGAAUGCGAAGAUUCAAAAGGACCACAGAGAAAACUCAACCCUUCCCAAAAUAACCAAAACUCCAAAACACGGAAGGGAUAAUGCUACUGUGGAGGAGAAGAAAGACAAAAAGGAAGAAGAGAAAGUGGAGAAAAGAAAAACAAAGCAGCCUAAGCCUAAACUUCUUAAAACAGUUCAGAACACCCCAGAAAUGCUGGGGUCCACCAAACAGUCCAAAAUAUUAGGUGGUAAGGUCGCCGAUAAUGCAGCAAGAGAAGCAGAUAACAUAAAAGUUACCACCGGUGCUGGGUCAAGCAAGAAACUGAAGACUUGCAAAUCUGUUAAACCUCUCACCUCCAAUUCCUCACACCAAGGCAUCAAGACUGUAACUGGUCUGAAAGACAAGAACACAUUGACGUCUAAAUCCAGGGAUGGUCAGGCUGUGAAAACUGUGAUGGGCAUCGACAGAUCCUCUACAUCUAAGCCAAGUCAAGAGGAUGUAAAGAACUGGAACAACAGGAAAUUGUCUAAAAACUCAAACACAGAUCAUCCAAAUGUGAGCUCAUAUCUGGAAUCAGCUGUCAAUCAAAAAGACACUCGUUUAGCACUUCAAACAUGUUCGCUGCCAAGCAAUGACCGCGUUGAGGUCACUACCUCAAGUACUAACCCCUCUGCCACCAAGCCAUGCAAGGUUUCUGCUUUUUCAGAACAACAGAUCAAUGAACAUUUGAAAGUCGUACCCUUGAACACCAGGCUCUCCAUGACCACCUCAACCAAUACGUCUUUGUCAAUUGGUCCAUCAAAGACUUGUAUCUCAGUUCUUUUUAUACAGACCAGUCCUGCAAACAGUAUCAUGACACUACACAAAGGAAUUUCGAAACCAAACUUGUUCAACACUGGCUCACCACCUAAACCCACCAAUGACACAACCGGCGCACCCAACAAACCCUCCGAUGCUGUCGCAGAAUACCCAGAACCUGCCAUUGAGGGGUCACCUGAAACCAAAGUGAGCCCAGAGACCACAAAGAUCAUAAGCCACAUAUCGGUACCCAGUACUUCUGGAAGAGAUCACAAGGAGCAUCUUGAAUCUUCUGAGCCCUUCAGUGUCCAUCAAGAGAAUGCUUAUAAAUUCAGGAUCAACCCAGAAUCCAGAUCCCCCUCAGACCCCACACUGAAUGAAAUCCCAAAAACAAAUUUGCCAGUAGAGACAGCUAUUCCUAAAAUAUGGAAAUUCUCUGACAAAGAGAACACAGAGGAUUCAACGGUCUCUGUGUCCAUCUAUGCAACAAACAAGUCUCCAGUGAGUCAAAUAUUUGGAAGUUCAAGUGAUAAGAACAAGAGCAAUGGAGUUAAAUCUGACAUGAAACCUACCUCCGCAACAGCAAUACAAAAAAAAUCAUCAUUAUUUCCUGCAGAGGCUGCAGAGAAGAAAAGUGACAUGUGUACAUCGACUGCCACAGAUUCAACUUUACAUGGAACCCCAGACCAUGAAUCAUCCAAAAGAAUCUUCAUCUGCCAGAACAUGGACUCUGCAGAUGUUAGCAACGUUGACGCUAUCAUACCCAAUUUCACCUCCAAUCCACCUCCUGCCCCCUGCUCCACUCCUGUCCUACUCCCUCCUUCCUCGUUCUCUGUCGGCAGUACCAACAUCCCAACCAUUGAUGAUCACUCAGAUGUACGUUUUCCCCCUAGAAACCACGGUCUAAGAUGUAAAGACUGGAAAAGGCAUUACAGUGGAAUUCGUAAACGAGUGACGAAACCAUCUCAGUCAAACUACGUUACUACAAAGGUUUCAGAUAAGAGUCGGACUGGUGGGCGCUUCUUCCAGUGUGAUUGCUGUGACGACGGUAACGGCGUUGCAGUGGCCAGGAAGAAAUCAGACGUCCACUUUCCAGAUCUAAGCAGCUCUGUGCCUCCACAGUUCAGAGGAAGAGAUGGUGGGAACAACAGCACAUACACAGGCCUGACUGUAGGAGUUCUGUGUUGCUAUGGAGACGCCUUUGAUCCCCAUGCUUUUCCAGAUUUACCUCAGUGA